CUCCAUCUGCACUGUCUGAUGGCUUUUGUCAAAAAGCAAUGUCAGUCUACCGGUUCCUAGGGCUUAUCAGCCCCUGGCAUUCUGUCCUGAUAUGGUGAAGCCCAGCUGCACUCCCCAGGUAUUGAUCCCGGCAAUUACCAAGAGAAUCUUGUGUAACGCCCACGGGGCAGCGGGUGUCAAGUGUACCAUGAUAAUGGGACCAGCAUUGUGGUGAUAUUUAUUAAGGCUUGAGCUGGGUGCUGGCGGUCCAUAUCCAUCUGGUUUCACCCGAUGUCUCAUUAAAUCUAUUUCUCUUCCUGGGUUUCCCAUGGGUUUUCUUCUUCUCUCUGAUUUCGUCCUUGGAGCCUAGUUGAGCCCAUCAGUACUCAGUUCCACAUCUCCUUGCCCGGAGAACUUGGUAGAACGACCGGCGUCGGCCACCUCAUAACCAAGCCACGAAGUCUGAGGACGCUUGCAACCAUGAGCUUGAGCGACAAGCACCAGCCCGAGGGACAGCAGAGCCCCGAGCUUGGUGAGCAUUCUGGAGAUGAGACUGUGGCUGCAGUCCAGGACGGGACGGUCAUCAACGCCUCUGGAUACAAAGACCAGCUGAGGCGGCAGUAUGGUCUCCUCGGGCUCGCGGGAAUUGCCCUGACCGUCGACAACGCCUGGAUUGCCCUGGGCUCGUCAAUAUCUGUCUCGAUCGCUAAUGGAGGUCCUACCGGUCUUAUCUUUGGGCUUAUCGUGGCCGUCUUCUAUUAUUCGUUCAUUGGUCUUGGACUUGCUGAGUUCUCGAGCAGUGUGCCAACCGCUGGUGGCGUGUAUCACUGGGCAACGAUCGCAGGCGGGCCAAAAUGGGGACGCAUGGUAGGUUUCUUCACUGGGUGGAUCAACUUUUACGGGUGGAUGUUCGACCUCGCAGCUCUCCUCCAGAUCACUGCCAACGUCUCGGUCAACCUCUACGUCGUCUACAACCAGCCGACCUACGUCUAUGCCGCAUGGCACGUUUACGUUGCUUACCUCCUCAUAACAUGGCUAUGCGUAGUGAUCGUGGUCUUCGUCAACCGAAGUAUUCCUCAUACCCAAACGCUGGGUAUGUUUUUCGUCAUCGUGGGCGGCAUCGUGUCAAUCAUUGUCGUCGCGGCUAUGCCACAGCAGCACGCGAGUAAUAAGUUCGUCUGGGGGUCGUUCAAAGAGAACAACAUCACGGGAUGGCAGGACGGCGUCGCCUUCUUGCUCGGCGUGCUCAACGGGGCGUUCACCAUUGGUACUCCUGAUGCAAUUACACACAUGGCCGAGGAGCUUCCGCACCCGAAGAAGGACCUGCCCAAGGCUAUCGGCCUCCAAAUAGGGCUUGGCUUCCUCUACGCGUUCGUCUUCGCCAUCACUAUCUCAUACGCCAUCACAGACCUGAGCGUGCUCACCACCGGGAUCAACACUUAUCCUUUGGCAAGCAUCUAUGCCCAAGCUACUGCGAACAAAGAUGGGACUCAGAAUCUUGGCGCACAGUUCGGGCUGCUGUUCAUCAUCUGGUGCUCUUCGAUGAUGUGCUGUAUCGGGACUUUGGUCACAAACUCCCGCAUCUACUGGGCCCUCGCCCGCGAUAACGCGGUUCCUUUCUCGGGUUUCUUCUCCAGCGUCUCAGAGCGGCUGUCAUGCCCCGUGCCAGCAACGCUCUUUGUAGCGGUAGUGGCAACCGCACUCGGUGCUAUUCCCAUCGGCAGCUCAACGGCCUUCCUCGACCUCACAGGCUCCUUCAUCAUUCUGACGACGGUCUCAUACGCGAUACCAUUCAUGGGAAAUGUCCUGACCGGGCGGAAGCAUUUCCCCAAGGGCCCAUUCGACCUGGGACGUUGGGGCAUCCCUGUCAACCUGACGGCUGUCAUCCUCAUCACCUUCUUUGACAUAUUUUUCUGCUUUCCCUUUGCCCUACCCACGACUACCGAAGCAAUGAACUACAACAGCGUGAUCACAGUAGGAGUCGUGGUUCUCACCGCGGCAUGGUGGGUAAUUCAUGCAAGGAAGAACUAUCCGGGGCCCAAGGUGAUGACAAUGUACAUUCACGACGGACAAUCGGUUGAGGAGCCCCUUGCGGCGGGUGCGUUGAACACUGAACAAGAGAAGAAGGACGAAAAGUACUGAAUAAACAAAUGUGCGUUACGGCCCAUACUUCAAGAUAGAGAAUAAACAUGAGACUUGGUAAUAUCAGAAACUUAAUUCGAUCGAAAGGCUCGCUAGAAUAAGACCUAGUCACCAUAUAAGAGAAAUCCUUUACCGCA